AUGUCGUCUAUAUCGAUACUUCAAUCACGGCUCAAGGAGCUCUCUACAGCUCUUGCUCAGAUACACCCGCUAGUUUCUCGGCUCGGUAAUUUUACUACCGCUGUUGGGCAAGGAGAUGAGGCUCGGUUAGACCUCGGGGGGGAAAUACAUUCGCGACUCAAGGAUGCGGAGGAUGAAUUGGAGCUGCUAAAGGUCGAUGUUGAUGUUCUAGAAUCUACCGUAGAUACUAGGCGGAAAGGGCUAGAUGCUGAAAAGGAACUGGAGAAAGAGCGGGUGGUUUCGUCUACACGAAGACUGACCGAUGAUUUGAAGAGGAUACGAGGCGACUUCCGCAAAGCGCAAUUACAAGCAAAGCGGAACGCAGAAUUAGCCCGACGCAAGGAGCGAGAGUUGCUGUUCUCGAGAUCGCAGAGCAAUGAGAGGACGAAGGAGUCAGCGGAAAAGUUGACUCAAGAUGAUAUAGUUCGAAACGCAUCUCGAGAUGUCACUGCUGCAUUGAGGCGGACACAUCAGCUGAUGCAGACCGAACUUUCCCGCAGCCAAUUCGCCCAGCAAACAUUAGAACAAUCUACAGCCGCUCUCUCCUCACUAUCAGAAUCUUACACCGGCCUUGAUACCCUCCUCUCGUCUUCGCGAAAUCUCAUUGGUUCCCUUGUCCGUUCGCAGAAAUCAGAUACCUGGUAUCUAGAGACGGCAUUCUACAUUCUAAUCGGCACCAUUUCGUGGCUUAUAUUCCGGCGCUUGUUGUACGGACCACUUUGGUGGAUUGUGUGGCUACCUUUCAAGCUGGUUCUUCGAUCCGUAUUCGGUAUUCUUGGAGCAGUUGGCAUCACGAGCAAGGCCAUUCAGCCAUCUGGAUCCAUGGUUGCGUCCGAUAUGUUAGCACAGGAAACGCCUGUGCUUAACCACAUCCCAGAAGCCAAGGUUCAGGGUGCCAGUGGAGAGGCCAUCUGGGACCAAGGCCCUGGAGGAGAUUCCGCAGACACCGACAGCAUGAUUGAUCAGAUUAAUGAAAUGGUGGAGAAUGCAGCCAAACAAGAUGAAACGAAUGUCGACGACAUAUCUCCAGAGGAGAUGCAAAGGCAGCAAGAAAUCCCACCAAACCCGAAGAAGAGGAUGUAUGAGGCAACAGAACACCCCUCCAAACAAAAGCCGUCAGAGGGAAAGGAAGAACAAUUGCAGCAGCAACCAUGGGUUGAAAAAUACCGUCCUAAAACGUUGGAUGAUGUCGCUGCUCAGGAUCACACAACAAAGGUUCUCCAACGAACACUCCAAGCUUCCAAUCUACCACACAUGCUCUUUUAUGGCCCCCCCGGGACAGGAAAGACAUCCACGAUUCUCGCUCUCGCUAAGUCUCUCUUCGGACCUGCGCUCUACCGUUCCCGCAUCCUUGAGCUGAACGCUUCAGACGAGCGUGGUAUUGGAAUUGUACGCGAGAAAGUGAAAGGCUUUGCUCGUAUUCAACUUAGCCACCCUACUGGGCUGGAUGCAUCAUACUUUGAAAAGUAUCCCUGCCCUCCCUUCAAGAUCAUCAUCCUCGAUGAAGCAGAUAGCAUGACUCAGGAUGCGCAAUCAGCUCUUCGGCGCACAAUGGAACAGUACAGUCGCAUCACUCGCUUUUGUCUUGUAUGCAACUACGUCACUCGGAUUAUCGAACCGCUUGCGAGUCGAUGCAGCAAGUUCCGUUUCAAGCCACUUGACAACUCAGCCGCUGGCGAUCGACUAGCGCAGAUCGCGCAGAUGGAGAAUCUUUCUCUGGAGAACGGAGUCGUGGAUAAACUGAUUGCUUGCAGCGAUGGCGAUUUGCGACGUGCCAUCACAUACAUGCAGAGCGCGGCCAGACUGGUAGGCGCCGGGCCGCAGUCUACACAAGAGGACGAUGAUGAGGAUUCCGAAAUGAAAGACCAGGGCUCGGAGGUUAUCACCGUUCGGACGAUUGAGGAAAUCGCUGGUGUGAUUCCCGAGAGUGUUUUGGACCGGCUGGUCCAGUCCCUUCAGCCUAAAAAACUCGGUUCCUCAUACGAGGCGAUUUCUAAGGUUGUGACUGAUAUUGUGGCGGAUGGUUGGAGUGCGACUCAGCUCCUACUUCAGCUAUAUCGACGAAUCGUAUACAACGAUGCCAUCCCCGAUAUCCAAAAAAAUAAAAUCGUUCUGGUAUUUUCGGAAAUGGACAAGCGCCUCGUCGACGGUGCUGAUGAGGAAUUAUCUGUUCUUGAUGUGGCCCUGAAGAUCUCCGCAAUCAUGGGAGGGUCUUAG